AUGCUUGUGCAAGCUCCAGGAUGUGAACGUCGUUGCAAAGACUUUGAUUCCGCGGCACGGGUGGAGCAGCACUCGGCCGGAGCAGAACUGGCCGUCCAUCCGUCCUGCGUAGUGGAACUGCUGUAUGAUCACCAGCGUGAAGUCAUCCUCCAUUCGCCGACGCUGUGCUUCUGUAGUGUCGAGCGAAGAAAGCUGCGUCUGCGCCUGCCGUGCCGUGCACUCUCACGCUCGUCACCUCCUACUAUCGUCACCUAUUAUCCCACCGCUUUGUCUACACUCGACGAUCCCUUUCCUGAGCAGUGGUGUCCGGUCGGACACGCUCUCGCCGGAUCUCAGGCCGGUCCGACAACACCCUCAGCUUCGCCCUCACUCAAGAUGAAGUUCGGACAGAAUCUCCCACGAAACCAGGUCCCGGAAUGGGCGUCCUCCUACAUCGACUACAAGGCCCUCAAGAAGUUGAUCAAGGCCGCGAAGCAAGAGACCGAGCAGAAUGGAGAGGAGCCAGAUUUGGCUGAGUUCUUCUACACUCUGGACCGCCAGCUCGAGGAUGUCGACACCUUUUACAACCGCAAAUACGCCGAAUUCUCCCGCCGACUACGACUGCUCUUCGAUCGAUAUGGCAUGGCUUCGAAGCUCAAGGAUGGCAUGGAUCAGGGUGAUAUGGAAGAUCUGAUGGGCACUUUGUUGGAGUUGAGAGGACAAUACCGCCAUCUACAAUGGUAUGGAGAUGUGAACAAGAGAGGGUUUGUCAAGAUUACGAAGAAGCUGGACAAGAAGAUAGCGUCUUCGUCUACGCAGACUCGGUAUCUGGCGACCAAGGUCGAUCCGAAAGCGUUUGCGACAAACAACAAAUUGACGCUGGACAUGCGAUCGAUCAACGAAUGGCUGUCAAAUUUGGGCGAGGUAAAAGUGGUGAGCGACUCCGAUUCAGUACAUUCAGGAAGCUCAGGAUCAAUGCAUCGCAUGGGAUCACGGACGGCUUUGAAGAUUGCAACGUCCGCGCUAGAGGCCAUGGAGCUUGCUGCUAGAGAGGAUGACCCGGAGAAAUUGCUCACACUGGUCGCGGCCGCCACACCGAAUGCUAGCGAGACUGCUGAACGAGGACUCCUGUUGGACCUUUUUCAGCGAGCGAUUUCGUUCAAGUCGAUGAGAUGUAUCCAAGCGAUCAUUCGAAAAGUGCCGUCGAUCGAUCGGGAAGACGACAUGAACAAGCGCAGCUGCUUGCACAAACUUAUCAUUGCGGCAGGACGUGCCAGAGCGUCGCAAAAUGCUGGUGGUUUCGACCAAAUAUCCAAGACAAUAGCAUUUAUAAAUGCCGCAGAGCCGCCGGUCAGAGUUCCAGGAGCCUUCAAAGUUGAGGAGCGAGAUCCAGAGCAGGAACCUUUCAAGGACGACCAAGCGGAGCGAGUGAUGGACUUCAUCCUCAGCAUGCUUAGCGAGGAACAGCGCUCAGCGGUAAUGACAAAGGACAUAUACGGACGCAUGCCAUUGCACUAUGCAGCACAGUACGGGCUGGUCUUUGCCAGUCAAUUGCUUAUGAAGUAUAUGCAAGAUUGGCACCUUUUCGAUCUGACAGAAGGCAUCGACUCUCCCAUAUGGCAAGAUCUCGAAGGCUUUGCACCUCUGCAUCUGGCAGUCAUUGGAGGACACUACCGCACAUCCAAGGCUCUACUGCUGGUGGACGACUGGCACAAUUUUACAGACCACCGACUAACGAGCAAGCACGUCGAAAAGAGCGGGCUUUCCCUCGCAUUGGCAACCAAGUCAAAUUUUCACAAGAUUGUCAAGCUGCUGGUCGAUGCCGGAGUAAAUGUCAAUUACCAGGAUGAGCAGGGAGAAACUGCGCUUCACAUUGCCGCUAGAUUCGGCCAUGAGGAUUGCGCCUCCGCUCUGCUUGCACCUGUCAAUGGAGAGCGUCAGGUCAACCUUGAGCUUGCAGAGAAGUCAUACAACUGGACGCCACUCUUCAUUGCUUCGGUCAAUGGCCACCUCCCCAUCGUCAAAGCCUUGGUCGACGCUGGCGCUCGAAUCAACAAGGUCGACUCAUCGCAAUGGACGCCGAAAGAACAUGCUGCCUUGAGAGGCCACAUGGACGUUGCGAAAUACCUGGCUCAGUUCACACCACCUCCUAGUAUGAAUCCAAGUCCGGACCUCGCGGCGCAGCUAUCUGGAUCUCCACCUGCUGCGUCGUCACUUGAGGACCGUCGCUCGAAUGGUGCUGAGAAAGAGCAGCCUUUGAAAGCUCGAGUUCCGGAGCCCGUCAAGUCUUUCGGUCAUCGAUAUCUCACUGACGAGACGAUGGUUCUGGUCAGUCUGGGCACUCUGGACGAACACAAGGACAUAUCGCCGAUCAGUCUGGAGAACAUUGCGAUUACAGAUGCGCACGCCACACAGCUCGAUACAGCUCUAUCAUUAGUGGUGUCUGCGCAAGGAGCGAGUGGUGAACCAACUGUCAUCGACCUGCCGAUUCAGGAGGAGAUCAGUACGGCGUUCAUGACCUUCACCACCAAGGAUCCUUCAAAGGUGAAGCUGUUGUUCGAUUUGGUGCCUACAUACUCUGGAUCUACCAACAAGCGUAUUGCUCGUGCUGUUGCAUUACUCUCCAGCAUCAAGCCUGGUGUUGGCAACAAACGCAUGACCUUGCAGACUGAUCUCAGUGUGCCACUCCUGGCCGGUCCUGACUUCGAUGUCAUCGGCUCCAUCAACUUCAACUUCCUCAUUAUCACGCCUUUCACACACCCUGCGCUGAGCAUCAGUGAGGAAAAGACGUACUGGACCAAGUCGUCUACAAUGGUCAUCGGACAUCGUGGUUUGGGAAAGAACAUGGCAACCAAGACAUCACUCCAACUUGGAGAGAACACGAUUCAAUCCUUCAUCACAGCCGCCAAUCUAGGAGCAUCAUACGUCGAAUUCGAUGUGCAAAUGACGAAAGACCACGUCCCAGUCAUCUACCACGACUUUCUCGUCAGCGAAACCGGAGCCGACGUCCCAGUCCACACCUUGACCCUCGAACAAUUCCUCGCACUGAGCGAAACACCACGCAGCACCCGACCAACCACUCCCGCCCACUCCUCCACCAACAGCAGAUCCGAACAAGACUACCCCGAUCCACGGCGUCCUCAACGCUCCUACUCCCUCGGCGGCGCCCCAAUCCCCGACAAGUCCAAAGACCGCAUGCGCCACACCCGCGACUUCAAAAUCAAAGGCUUCAAAGGCAAUUCCCGCGGCGACUUCAUCCAAUCACCCUUCACCACCCUCGAGGAAAUGUUCAAGACGAUCCCCGAGGAAGUCGGGUUCAACAUUGAGAUGAAAUACCCCAUGCUCUUCGAGUCCGUGCAAGAGGAAAUGGACACGUACGCCGUGGAACUCAAUUCCUUCGUCGACACCGUCCUCCGCAUGGUCUACGAUCUCCGCAAGAAACGCAACAUCGUCUUCUCCUCUUUCCAUCCGGACCUCUGCCUCCUCCUCACGUUCAAACAACCCUCCAUCCCCGUCCUCUUCCUCACCGACGCGGGCUGCUCUCCCGUCGGCGAUAUCCGCGCGAGUUCCCUGCAGGAGGCGAUUCGUUUCGCCAGUCGGUGGAAUCUCCUCGGCAUCGUGUCAGCCGCGGAACCCUUUGUUCUCUGCCCGCGACUCAUCAAUGUCGUGCAGAGCUCGGAACUGGUCUGUGUGAGCUACGGCACUUUGAAUAACGAUCCGCACAAUAGCAAUUUGCAGGCUCAAGCGGGGAUUGACGCGGUGAUUGUGGACAGUGUGGCGAGAGUGCGGAAGGGGUUGACGGAGGCUGUGGCUGGGACUGUGAAGGAGGAGAUAGGUCGAGGGAAGACGGAGGAAGCGAAGAGUGAGGUGAGUGACGGGAGUGAUGAGCAGACACUUUCGAAGGAGCUUGAGGGGAGGUUGGAGUUGGUCUGAGCAUUUCUUUGGAGUUGCUGCAUUUUGAUCUGCGAUCUCAUGCUUUUAUUGCUUGUUACGAUUGCAUGGAUUGAGGCCUCAGCUUUCGAUACCGUUAGCCGUGGCGGGAAGGAUUCAGCAUUCAACAUGAAAUGCCACUACAGCAGGCAUCGAGGAAGAUGGCAAAGGCGUUCUGCUGAGAUUCUUGCUUUGGGCAACAGAAUCAUUGGCCGAGGGAGUUCUGCUCAGAUGUCUGACCGUUCGGGUCCUUGGGCUGAGUUCAGUUGCCUGGUGUGUUUGACCAGUCGGCCACAUUCAGUGACGAGAGGAGCAUGUCGGGAAGCAUUUUCGGGUUAAAAUAGGUUGGGCGGCGCUCGCGUUCACAAUCUGAAUCGCUUGAGCUUGCCGUUGAUUGCAUAUUUGAACAGUUAUAGAAUCGAUCUUC